GCAGCCGCACAAACAACAACAACGCACAAACAACCACCAAGAAGAGGCCUGUUGUUGUUUUGGGGCGUUGUGCUUGAGCUGGGCUGUCUGUGUCUGUGUUGUCUCCCUUCACGCUCGAUACAGACGCAUACAGACGCACAGCGCUGUUGUUCAACGACAAUGGCACGGGUGCACUUGAUGGCACCGGUGUUGGUGCUGCUCACGCUGUUGCUGGCAGCGACCCCAUCUCAGGCACAAAACUGCAGAGGCAUCGACGAGCUGUGCGACGAAUGCUCAGGUGGUGAUUGCGAAAAGUGUGCAGACCCCUACUUCCUGCUGGACAACACGUGUGUGGAAUCCUGCGACCAGGACACGGAGCAAAAGUACUACAUUGUCGAUGGUGUUCGCUGUGACCGCUGCCACAUAUCAUGUGACUCCUGCACUGGCCCAACAUCAAGCAACUGCGUCAAGUGCAAGCCCAGCUAUGGGUAUCUGUACCGAGGGUCGUGCAUUAGCACGUGCCCCGUGACCACGUAUCCGACCGGCACCAUCAACGACGUCAAGGGUCUGCAGUGCAUGUCGUGCGACGACGGGUGCGGACGGUGCAAUGCAACCACGUGCAUCGCGUGCGAUAAGGGGUACUACAAGCAGGCGUCCGUGUGCGUGCGUGCGAGCCAGUGUGCAGAUGGCAGUGGCCCCAUUGAUGGCAGCGACCCCAAUCUCGGUGGCACCUGUGUGCCGUGCGCAGACACAACGCACUGUCGCACAUGCGACGGAAGGGGUGCUACCGACUGCACGCUCUGCGAUGCCGACACGUUUCUGCAAAAUGGCACGUGCGUGUUUGCGUGCAACGCCACAUAUGCGCUUGACAGCACAGGACGCGAGUGCCUUCCCUGCAACACGUUUGAACCCGGCUGUGACACGUGCACCGCCCUCUCAUCACCACCAUCAUCAUCGUCGUCGUCGUCAUUGCCGAGCUCGCAGAACGUGACGUGCACGCGGUGUUUGGGCGGGUUUUAUCUCGACACCACAAGUUCACUCUCGUCCGCUGCCUCCCCCACGUGCCGGGAGACGACCAAGUGCAAUGCGUUUGAGAAGGCAACGGUCCAGGCCACGCGCACCACGGACGCCGUGUGCGUAUCGUGCGUGCUGUGCAGUGCUGGUACUUACGCAAGCAACGGCUGCCAGACGGUGAAAACCCGUACAACCUGCGACGCGUGCACUGCAACGUGCUCCAACGAGGGCGAGAUCCUCGCUGGUCUGUGCACCCCGACCACAUCGCCAACCUGCACAUCACCAUCAUCAUCAUCAUCAUCAUCAUCACUUGUACCGCCAAACGGGUACACGUACAUUGACACGACGUUCACGCUGUCUGGCUUCACCAACGCCAGCACCGUUAUUGGCAGCGUGACUGCAGACAUGACAAGCGCCAUCUACGCUGCCUCGCCCUUCUUCUCGCUUGACGUCAUCGUGCCUGCAAGUACGACAACAACAACGCCAACAGCAGCUGUCAACGGCAACGGAGCCAGCGCCCUCACUGGCGCUGCUGCCGACGCGACAAACGACGACGAUAAUGUCAAUGAUGAUGAUGAUGAUGAUGGUACGAGUGGCAAUGGCUCCCAACAGCAACAGCAAGAACAGCAACAGCGGCUGGUGGCGGUGUACGAUGCCACGUUGCUGACCACCACAUCGCUUCGCGUACACGUGCGCGCGAGUGUGCCGACAACAGACAUGGCUGAUGCGCGUGCGGACUUGCUCUCGUUUGCCAUCACGCAGCCCUUUCAGCAGCUGCUAGCCAAUUUGCCGUCGGCGUAUGCGUCCAUGUUUCUAAACGUGGACACGCCCACCUCCACCACCACCGACAUUGUGCCGCGUGACGUCAGAAUCGCCAACACGACAUCAAACUCCAUCCGCAUCGAGUGGACGCAUGUUCCGGCCGCCGCACCCGUGCGCGUGCCGCGUGCGUAUGUCGUACACGUGGUGCGCGAGUCUGUGGGAACGCGCCUGUCCUUCCAGACGACCCAGUCCUACAUGGUCCUCUCGCGGGAUCUGUUCCAGCUGACGGCGGGCGAGUACGAGGUGGGCGUGGCCGCUGUCCUUGCCGACGACCAGGACGCAGCCAUCGGGCCCGUGGUGCUUGCAAGCACGACCGUGCCCACGUGCGACAGCAACUGCUUGGAGUGCACGGCGACGGCAUGCGUGUCAUGCAACACCACGCAGGGCCUGGUCCCCAGCGGCACCACGUGUGUGUCCGCCUCAACCGCCAACACAGGGUUCUGCGUGUCCCUCGGCAGCAGCGAGCUGUGCGGCGUGGCGUUUGUGUUCACAAUCAUCGGCCUCGUCAUUGCGGUGCUGCUGCUCAUCACCGCCAUCUACUUCCUGUGCACGCGCACGGCCGUGCAGCAGAAGCGGGACGCUGCGGAGUGGCGGCAGUUUGAGCUCGUCGACGUCAAGUACCUGCCAAAGUGGUCGCAGGAGGACCACGACACCCGCGCCGGUCUGUCUCAGUCGCAGCCGCUGUCGCUGCCGGAGCUCGAGAAGGCGCUCUCAGCACAGGUUGACCUGACUACGGAGUACGAGUCCAUCCCGCUCAACGCUGCGGAUAUGGACGAGAUCCCGCCCGCGUGCAUGGCCAAGAACAGAUUUGUCACUGUCCUCCCAAACAGACACACCCGCGUGCCCCUCAGCGCAAAGCCAGGGAGCGAGGACGGUGCUGAUUUCAUCUGCGCGAAUUUCGUGCGCAGUUUCAACGACGACACACACGCGUAUAUCCUCACGCAGGCGCCCAUGAAUGAAACAGUCGAGGACUUCUACCACAUGCUGUGGGACCGCAAGGUGUCGUGCGUGGUGAUGAUGUGCCGGCUGGUCGAGAACGGGUCUGUCGUGUGCCCGCGCUACGUGCCCACGCGCUCGCACAAGUGGAGCAAGAUUGCGGCGCCGACAACAGACGGCCUGCUGGCAAACAGGUCCCGCGUGCUUCGCUUUGGUCGCUUCUCUGUGCGUCUGAUCAAGGAGACGACAAACGAGGUGUUCACCAUGACGCGUCUCAAGAUCUCAAACCGCGCCGUCGGCACGCGCACGCUCACCCACCUCGCCUACCACGUGUGGCCGGACGCCACGAAGAUAUCCGUCACUGCCAAGGACCUGAUUGCGUUUGUGCGGCUCAUUCGCACCGUGCACCGCCAGCACUCGUCCCCGCUCGUCGUGCACUGCACCUCUGGCGCCGACCGGGCUGCGUGCGUGGUGGCCACGGACAUGAUCAUGCGGCAGUGCGACUACGCCGGCGUGGCAGAUGUCCUCGGUGCCGUCUGUCGCAUUCGACAGGACCGCGGCGCCACAUUCUCAAACGCGGCGCUGUACGGGCUGCUGUAUGACGUCGCUCUCACAUAUCUCCGCAUGCGAAAAGAUGACGCACCAGACGCACACAAGACAAACCCGGCCUUUGAAGGCAUGUCAACUGCGCUGUCGCCGAGUGCUGAGCGCCGACCGUCAUCGCUCAUGGGGUCAUUCGACAACCUGGUUGAUGAGCAUGACGGUGACACUGCGACGACGACAACAGCGAUGACAAUGACGGGUGGUGGUGAUGCGGCACACACGUUUGCAUUCUCCUCCGACACGGACACCCAAGAUGGCGACGGUACCAGGCAGCAGCAGCAGCAGCAGCUGUCCAUCAGGAGCAAGAUGAAGCAGCGCACGCGCCACCGCAAUGGCAGCAGACGAAGUGGUGGUGGCGGUGGUGAUCGGAGCAGGAGGGGUAGCGAUGAUACUCGCUUGUCGACACAGGCGGGCGCACAGCUCUCACGGCGCGGCAGCAAGCGAAGCACAAGCAGCCGCAACAGCAAAGGCAGCCGCAACAGCAGCAGGGGCAGCAAGGGCAGCAAGGGAAGCAAAGGGAGCAAGCGCAACAGUCGACGUGGUAGUCGACAGGCUGUGGAGGAAGAGAACUCCCUGGACGAGGAUGACACGGAUGGCCUGGAGGGCGUGGUUGUCGUUGGAGAAGAGGGGCGGAGCUCUCGCCGGGCGAGCGGGCAGGACGAGGUGCUGCAGAACGCGUUGCUUGCAAGCAUUCGCGCGGACGCCGAGCGGGAGCGUGCGGCCUUUCUCCGCGAACAGCUUGCGGUUGUGCAGAUGCAGCGGGAGGCAGCAGAGCAGGCCUCGCUCGUCGGGGACGUGAACACGUACAGUGAUGGCAAUGGUAAUGGUGGCGGUGGGGAGGAGGAUGAGUCUGAGGGUGAUGACUUGUCGGUGAUAACGACGGGCACCAACUACUAUGAGGAACAGGCGCGUGCUGCUGCCCGGUAUGGCCGCAACAGCAGGCGUGGUCGUGGAAACAACGAUGACGAUGAUUAUGGUGACGAUGAUGUUGAUGACGAUGAUGAUGUGGAGAUGAACACAGUGAUGCCCGUGUUUGAGGAGGCCGCCGCCAACAUGCUGUCGACGUGGCGGGAGAAUGACGGCGGUGGCGCACGCGAGGUUGACUUUGGGGCGCUGGACAGCGACGUUGAUGGCGGUGGUGAUGGCGAUGAUGAUGGCGAUGAACGGCUGGAGAAUGAUUACCAGGCGCGAAUCUUACAAGCCAUGCUCAAGCGCUGAUGUGUGUGUGUGUAUGUGUGUGUGUGUGUGUGUGUGUGUG